GCGCGUCCCCAAGGAAGCGGACGGUCUGCAGGCCAUCGGCACAGCACUCUUCGUUUGUCUUAACGGUGAGCUAUAGCUGCUCGGCGUACGCGGUAUACGUUCGCUGCAUAGUGUAAAUAAACAGGCGGAAAUGGCAGCAGACGAGACGAGAGGGUCGGUGAGGCUGUAGCUCCGCAGAAAGACACGAGGCGAUUGAGUACCCCGGGAUCGCGAGGGCCCGAGCUUCUGAAACGCUCCUGGGAGGCUCUGUCGCAACGGCGCGUCCGCGACUCGCGCGUAGUAUACGCGAGAAGAAAGAGAAAAGUAAAAUAUAACGCAGUGUUGUUUGCAUCUCUCGAACCGCGCGCGCGCGUUCUCCUGGAGCGGAGUGGAAGCGAAAACACGAGUGCUGCAAGACUGCGCGGAGGGAGAGGGUAUAUGACGGCGACGCAACAACUGCCGAAAUCUAAGCCGGCCCUGGCAGCAGUCCACGACUAUAAUCUGUCGCGGGGGCUGCCCCGAGCUGUCGCGUAUAAGCGCUACGCGUCGUCUCUCCUCUAUCAGCUGUAUAGCGCGCUAGCCCUCGCACGUCUUCUGCCGAAAAUGGCGCCGUCGCGGGACGUCGUCGCUCGCGCAGCUCUGGUCGCGGUGCUGUUGGUCCACGUUUGCAGGCAGCCGGUCGCGUCGGUUUCGCUGGACCGGUACCUGCAGGACCCGCUUCCGGUGCCCGAGUUCAACAUCUCGACGCGCUCGUCGCUGGUAGCGGUGCGCGGUCGCUUCUGGGACCUGCAGCUGCACGGGCUGUCGGCGACCCGGCUGGAACGGGCCACGGCCAACCUGACCGGCCAGACGGCCGAAGUGGUCACGCGCACCGAGCUGGUCUCGCUACGCGGCCAGUACGUGCUCAGCGGGGACUUCGCCUUCGUCGCGCUGCGAGGCAACGGCACCUUCUGGAUGAACGCCACCAACGCGGUGGCGUCGGCCCGCGCCGAGCUGGAGCGGGGACCCCAGGGGGGUCCUUGGGUGCGCGCGGUGAGCGCAAAGCUGGAAGUCGACGACAUCGACAUGCACAUGGAGAACCUGAUGGGCGGCGGCCGCUGGUCGACAUUCAGCAACUCGCUGCUCAACCAGAUCAGCGGUACGGUCUUCAAGCAGGCCGAGCAGUCGCUCCGAGGCGAGAUCGAGGAGAACGUACGCCGGCGCGUGAACGAGGAACUGUCCCGCGUGCCGGUGGACCUGACGGCCGCGCGCUCCGAGCGGCUGGUGGACGCGCUGCUCGAGCGUACCGCCGAGCAGCUGGUGCUCGUCGACCCGUACUCGCUGCCGGACCAGGCGCGCUCCUUCGACCAGGACCUGCUCGUGCUGCGCGCCCAGGGCGAGAUGCGCCUCGUGGACGGCACGCUUCACGGCCUGUCCACCAUUCGGCGCACGGGAGAGGUGCUCGCCUUCUACCAGGACGGCACGCUUCUGCUGGAGGCGGACGUGGGCUUCUCGAACCUGACGGGUCGCUGGCGCUGGUGGGCGCAGCUGCUGGGCGCAGGUCCCUCGGGCGACGCCUCACUCGGCGUGCAGGGCCUGUCGCUGCACCUGCGCAUCGCGUUGCCCCUGCAGGACGUGCAGGAAGGGGGCAGCCCCGCCGUGCUGGGGCCCGUGCGGCUCGAGGCGCUCGAGUUGCGCGACAUCGGCCAGGUGUGGCUCGACCUCGGAGGCCUGGGCACGUUCGACUUCUUGCUCGAGGCGCUCGUCAAUCUGAUCACGAACGUGUUCAAGUGGUCGCUCGCGGAGGCCGCCCUCGAAACCGUGGCCGUCGCCCUGAGGACGGAGAUCGCCCAACUGCCGUCGUUCGAGCUGCACUAGACCACACGUCUACUAUGUACGCCGAGCACGCGGUGCGCGUAUAACAGCAUAUGCACCGCCACGCGCUGAUCACUAGCGGAUGACUUUGUGAAAUACUCGAUACAUUGUUCCUACAGUGCUGUCUGAACAGCCGGUAAUACUGGGUGUCGUCGGACGGCACUCCUGAUCAACACUAAAAAGGGCUCUGCGACCUAUGCGCGUCCCGCACUUGUCGCGUUUUAGUCAUUCAUCCGGACAGCUAUUUCACGAUGCGCACAAGUGUCAUUGCAGAUAAAAGCCGCCUCCAAUGGGA